UUGAAGCAAAACCAGUUUCGGAAUUUAGAUCAUUGUAGGUGUGUCCAGUGCUCGCAGGCAACUGGGAGGGAUUAAGUGCUAGGUCACCCUUCCCGGGGCACGAAAGGAACGAGUACUGUAAGCGGCGGAACGGACUUCGCGGGCUGAGGGGACGUGUUUUUAGAACGGACCUAGGACAGGAAGUGUGCUACUCCAUUAAGGGUUUCCCCACUCCCGGCUGACGCGGGGACGGUGAGGGGUCAUUCCUUGUUGGACUGCCGGAGGCAACCAUAAAUAAGCCUUUAGAUCUCCAGCGCCUGGAGCUGCUUUUUCUGGCUGCGGACAAUAGGAGCUGACCUUGUUGACUACUGUUUGUAGCGUGCAGCCCAGGGUCGGAGCCGAUGGCAGCUUGGACCGCGGCCCGCUGGAGCAGGGCAGCUGCCCAGUGCUUAUGGGCGCCAGGUCCCGGGUUCCGGGCGGCUCCUCCACGCGCCGCCCAGCCCGAGCCCCCAGAAUGCGGCCCAGCUCUGGGCAGGAUGCUGCACCUCACCGUGGCGGCUCCGGCCGGGCACAACAAGUGGUCCAAAGUCCGGCACAUCAAGGGUCCCAAGGACACUGAAAGAAGUCGCGUCUUCUCCAAGCUCUCUCUGAGCAUUCGCCUGGCAGUCAAAGAGGGAGGCCCCAACCCUGAGCUCAACAGCAACCUGGCCAACAUCUUAGAGGUGUGUCGCAGCAAGCACAUGCCCAAGUCAACGAUUGAGGCGGCACUGAAGAUGGAGAAAACCAAGGAUGUUUAUUUGCUGUAUGAGGGUCGAGGCCCUGGUGGCUCUUCUCUGCUCAUUGAGGCGUUAUCUAACAGUGGCUCCAAGUGCCAGUCGGACAUUAGACAUAUCCUGAACAAGAACGGGGGAAUGAUGGCUGAAGGAGCUCGUCAUUCCUUUGACAAAAAGGGGGUGGUUGUGGUUGGAGUGGAAGACAGAGAGAAGAACGCCGUGAACCUGGAGCGUGCCCUGGAGCUGGCAAUUGAAGCAGGAGCUGAGGAUGUCAAGGAGACAGAAGACGAAGAAGAAAGGAGCCUCUUUAAGUUUAUUUGUGAUGUCUCUUCACUGCAUCAAGUGAGGAAGAAGCUGGACUCCCUGGGCUUGUGCUCUGUGUCCUGUGCGCUGGAGUUCAUCCCCAACUCGAAGGUGCAGCUGGCCGACCCCGACCUGGAGCAGGCCGCCCUUCUCAUCCAGGCUCUCGGGAACCACGAGGAUGUGAUUCGUGUCUAUGACAACAUUGAGUAACCAGGCCUGUGUGGCCCUAGGUUCCUUCCAUAGACUUGAGCAAAUGGGGGGCCUAGCAGGUUAGGAGAUCUAAGACCAGGAUUUGUGGUCUUGGGGCCAAGGAAUCCCAUGCUUCUGUGGAGGCCUUGUCAGCUUUGCUGGCCUCUCAGGGUCUACCUGGAUGAAUAUGAGCCCCUGAUACUGCUGGAUGCAGGGUGAGACCAGUCAGCUGGUCAGGCUCUGAUCUCAAGUAGUUGGCUCUGUGAGGAUUGCAGGUGCCCAGAGGCUCUGUGUACUAGAAGCUGCUCCUAAGUAAUAACAGUGAUUGAACUUGGUUGCUGUUGGGUCGCACUUGAAUUUUCCUGAGUUUGGGUCUACCUGUUGGGACCCUCUGCUCAAGAGGCUUAGUUCUGUGACUCCAAUCCCAGGCUUAUUGAUUGUGUUUUUACUUAUUUGAAAGAGAGAGAGGGAGAGAGACAGAAAGAGACCUUCCCUCCACUGAUUUAUUUCCCAAAUGGCUGCAGUGGCUAAGAUGGGGCCACACCAAAGCCAGGAGCCUGGAACUCCAGCUCUCUUUGGCUGUGGGCAGAAUACUGGGACUAUUUUGCAUUGCUUUUUCAGACACAUUAGCAGGGAGCUGGAUUGGAAGCAGGGCAGUUGGGUCUCAAACUGGCAUUCUGAUAUAGGAUGCUGUUGUCAUAGGUAGUGGCUUAACUCACUAUACCACAAUGCUAGUCUCCUGUUUGUUUUUUGUUUUUUUUUGUUUGUUUGUUUUUUAUUGGCCAUAGAAAUGUACCUCUAUCCAGGUACUUCGUGGUCUAAUGGUCUAUACUUGUCUUUUAUUCAUGCAGCUAGUAUUUCUGGAAUACCUACAAUAUACUAGGAACUGUACUUUAGAGCACACGCUGUUCAGAUGGUGCCCUGUUAGAUCCUACUUUAAGACAUGGAACCUUUGGCUGGCACUAUGGCAUUGUGGGCUAGGCCUUUGCCUGUGGCAUUGGCAUCCCAUAUGGGCAAUGGUUCAGAUCCUGGCUGCUCCACUUCCAAUCCAGCUUCCUGCAAAUGGCCUGGGAAAGCAGCAGAGAAUGGCCCUAGUGCUUGGGCACCUGCACCUACGUGGAGACCGAGAAGAGGCUUCUGACUUCUGCCUUUGGAUUGGCUCAGCUCCAGCCAUUGCGGCCGUUUGUGGAGUAAACCAGCAUAUGGAGACCUUUCUCUCUGUCUCUCCGUCUCUCUGUAGCUCUACCUCUCAAAUAAAUAAAUCUUAAAAAACAAAAUGGAACCUCAGAGGGAAGACAAAGGACUGCUCCCUGCUGGAGCUGCCCAAGGCAGCACGAGUUGCUGCCUGUGCAUCUUGGUUCACUUCGCAUGGCGUUGUGCCCUUCUUCCACCAGACAACUUAAGGCUGUAGCCAUGAAGAUCAAGUGCCAAUAAGAGACCCCCCUGAUAAGAGUUGACUUGUUAGCAGAUUGGGCUUCUCUCAGGAAGAGCUGUACUAAGCUCAUUUUGAAAACUGCUUUGUUCCCAGAAAGGCCAAUGCUAGCUCCUUUUCGCCUCUGAUGCCAAAUGACAGGGCACUGGAGACUGGAGAGAAAAUGAGAACAUGGCCAGGCAGGAAUUAGGGCCCUUGGCACCUUUUGCUCAAGAGUGCUUCAAAAAGUUCACAGCAAAUACAUAUUACCUUAACAACCACAUGGAUUUCAAGAUGUUUUUUCACUAAAGUAAACUCAUUUAUUUAUUUAUUUAUUUUGACAGGCAGAGUGGACAGUGACAGAGAGAGAGACAGAGAGAAAGGUCUUCCUUUUUGCCGUUGGUUCACCCUCCAAUGGCCGCCACGGCCGGCGCACUGCGGCCGAUGCACCACGCUAAUCCAAAAGGCAGGAGCCAGGUGCUUCUCCUGGUCUCCCAUGGGAUGCAAGGCCCAAGCACUUGGGCCAUCCUCCACUGCACUCCUGGGCCACAGCAGAGAGUUGGCCUGGAAGAGGGGCAACCGGGACAGAAUCCGGCAUCCCGACCGGGACUAGAACCCGGUGUGCCAGCGCCGCAAGGUGGAGGAUUAGCCUAGUGAGCUGCGGUGCCGGCCAGUAAACUCAUUUUCUAAUUCCAUUUUUCUUUUUGAAGUAUCCUCAUAGUCACUUCUAGCUUUAGAGAGGCCAGGAGUGCCAGCCACCUUUGGUGGAGCCUGUUAAGCAUGUCAGGUCAGGAGUGGCUUUGGGAUCCUUGUUACCCACCUACUUAUUAGUUGUUCCAGCCAGUUCUGGGCUCAGAGUAAUUAUCCUGAAGGAGCUUCAGGCAAAAAAAGAUGGAAAACAACUAAGAUCAAUUUGACUAUACAUAACUUGAGCUUCUAGAAAAAACAGAUCACUAAUUCUACAGUGACUUCAACAGUUGGAGAGCAGGGCCAGGGGUUGCGGGGGUGGGCAACCAAUGAAGGAAUCCAUGAUUGCAUGCCAAAAUAUAUGCUCUUAUACCUCAUUGCAUAAUCAUACUAGCCAGGAUUCUUUAGUUUUUGUAGGAGAUAUUCCAUCCAAAUAUCUGAGAAACACAUCAGAAUCAAGGACCUUGAAGUUUAUAUGCUGCUUCAUAAUUUAUAAGAUACUUUUAUCUGUUAUUUGAUUUUCCUAAAAAAAGCUUACAAAAUAGCCCAAUUCUAUGCAUUCAUACUAAGCAGGUGAGAACAAAUCUAAUACCACACCUUGUCUUUAUAGACAUUGGUUUAUAAAAUAGCUGUUUUGGAACUGUAGGAUAUAAAUUAACUGGAAGGAAUCUAAUCAUUUCUAAUCUGAGAAAUCUGUACUAAGUGAGCCCGUUCUUGAAGGGAACUUGGCGACUCAAGUGAAUAGGCCUCUGCUAAUCUAAUGUAAUUUAUUAAUGUGGAUUGUCGCGUCACUGAUUUUCUACAUCAGGGCAUGCUUGUAGUAUCUCUUUGGCUUUGGGCUGACCCCUGGUGGUGCUCUGCAGAAAUGAACCUUUACUUUAUCUCUUCUGCUCUCUGGAUGCGGUAAAGAUUUGGAGCUAGUUAAAUAAAGAUGGUUACAUCCAGAUGA